GAUUUCCUCUUAAACCUUUCCAAAUAUGCAAGGCCCAUAACAGCUUGUAUGUGCAUCGCUCGAUUUCGAAAUAAUAUGUAUGCCUUUAAUUUCCCGUUCUGAUCAUGAAUAAUUCCGAAGAUAAUUUGAAGAAAAACUUGACAUAUUUGGGGAAAUAAAAUUAAGGCCAGCUCCACGCAGAUAUUAAGAUUACUUGGAGAGCUAUUUAAAUUCAGCCCACGAAGAUGAAGCUUAUUUGAUCCCGUGUGGAUUCUGUUGAAACAUCUGUGCCUAUCUCUUGGUAUUUUAGAAGCAGUUUUAAAAACUCCAGAUCCUUGCAUAGCACUGACAAUAAUGAAUUUUACUGGUGGAGGAGAGCAAAAUCAAACUGCAGUUUUACAUCUUCCAUGUUCGGGCGCCUUGAUGAGUGGAAUACAUAAAGAGUUGAUAUAUCUUUCAGCGUUCGACAUUUUUCUGUCCAUUACUGCAGUUCUUGGCAAUAUUCUGAUCCUAGUUGCCCUUCGCAAGGUGUCUUCCCUUCAUCCGCCGUCCAAACUCUUGUUUAGAUGUCUGGCCACAACUGAUCUCUGCGUUGGUCUUGUCGUUGAGCCUAUUGUUGUUGCUUUAUACUGGAUGUCCCUGCGUCGUGAAGGAUGGACUCUAUGUCACUACGCACUUUACUCGAUAUCUUUUGCAGGCUACACUUUGUGUUCAGUAUCUUUGCUGACGGUGACUGCAAUAAGCGUGGACAGACUUCUCGCCCUGUUGUUAGGGCUGAGAUACAGACAAGUUGUAACUUUGAAGCGUACAUAUGUGACUUUAGUUAUCUUUUGGUUUAUGUCCGCUGCCGCUUCGAUAUCAUACCUUUUAAAUCGCCAUAUAACCAUAUGGUACGGCUAUAUAAUUAUUUCAUUAUGUCUAGUAACCUCAAUCGCUUCGUACACAAAGAUUUUCCUUACACUCCGGCGCCAUUAUCAAACUCAACUACAGGGCCGUGUCCAACAACAACAACAACAACAACAACAACAACAACAACAACAACAACCAGGCCAAAUAAAUCCCCUGAACAUAGCGCGAUACAGAAAGGCAGUGUCCAGUGCACUGUGGGUACAGUGUACAUUAGUUGCUUGUUAUUUACCAUUUGGUAUAGCGAGGGCCUUAUUCAGUGCUAGUAAAACAUCAUCAUCUCCGUCUAGUUUUCUUAUUGUGGCAGUUGCAUCGAAUUUAAUUUACUUGAACUCAUCGUUGAACCCAUUUCUUUACUGCUGGAAGAUCAGCGAAGUGAAGCAAGCAGUCAAAGAGACAAUCAGAGAAGCGCUUUGCUAUUUAUCGAGUUAGUUCAGCAGUCAUUAG